GAUUUUUUAUGGAGGAAGUACAAGAGAAGGGGGUUGGGAAGGAGAGAAGGGAAGGAAGGAGGAAGAAAGGGAGGAAGAGAAUGAAAGGUUUCAGGAACUCUGUUGGGGGACAGAAAAGGAGGAAUGGAGAUAAGUCGCCAUAUGUGAAGAAUGGGUAUAAGUCUAUGAGGUCCUUGAAAAAUAGUUCGAGUCCUUCUAAGAGAAACUUGAAGGCAAUUUUUGGGAAGGGUAAACUUAACUAUUUAAAUGAAACUGGACCUGGGGAUUAUGAAGCAGCAGAGCUCACAGGUAGUAAUUUAUCAAAUUCAAACCUGAGGAACUCCCCUAAGUUCUCAUUUGGAACUAAAUUGGAGAAAACUGGAAUUAUCACAAAAUAAACACAUCCAAGAAUCAUUAGGGAUAGAUUCGCCAGGUGUUGGAGUUUAUGAUACUUUGGCUAGUAUAAGGUCAUCUAAAGAUUUUACGAUGGGAAAAGGCCAAAGAUUUCAAGAAUCUUCAACUGUGUUGAACAUAAAAAGACAAGUCCCACAUUCUUAUUUGAAAACAACUGCAAACCUAACUUUAACUAAUUGGAAGGGAGCAAAGCUAGGCAAGGGGAAGAGAUUCACCAAUCAAAAUCCAUUUUACAAGGGCACUAUAAGUCCAGGGCCACGUUAUAACAUUCAGAAUAUUCCUUCUCUAACCACCUCUCAGAGCAGGUCUUCAUUAGAUAAGGAUUCACAAAAUAGUAAAUUGUUUGGAGCUCCUUACAGCAAAUAUAAGAAUGUUUAUUUUCACGAAUUUGGUAGAGACUUUUGCAAUAGAGAAGGACCAGGACCUGCUUUCUAUCAAACAGUAUCUGAAAGCAAGGGCCAAAAGUUCUCCUUCCCCAAAGGCUCAAGAAAACUAUCUUCAAAUAUCUCAAAGAGCAAAGCUCCCAGUCCUACAUCCUACAGAUACGAAAAAGCAACCAAAUUAGGUCACCAAGUCUGCGCUGUCUUCGGUAAGGGCACUCGUGAAGUCGAUUUUUCCAAAUAUGCCUCCCAAAACAGCGCCAUGAUUGAGAAAGGAAUUUAUUAACUUCCCUCACGAUUCAAGCA